AUGUCUACUUCUGGCAACACCACUCUGUCCCAGGCUGCGCAAAUCUGCGGUGUCUACAAUGGCACCGAUUUCCUCGGGUGGCGCGGCCGCAUGGAGAACCACAUCCGUGCGUCCGGCGCUGGUUGGGCGCUGCGCGACUCCCGCGUCUAUAUGCGCUCGCAGAUCUCGGACUACGCGGAGAGGAACAAGUGGGAGACCACCAAUGACACGGCGCUCGGCAAGAUUCGCGAGGCGAUUAGCUACGAUCAGGCCCAGUACAUUCUGACCGAGUCCACAGCCAUCGAUGCGCUCGCGGUACUUUCGACCAAUGCGGGUGCACGUGGCAUCUCGACGGCCAUCAACGAGCUGAAGACCGCCCUCAACACCCAGAUCCCCGCCGACAUGGACCCCAAUCCGUCCAUUGCCAAAAUCGUCAGUUCUCUCGACCGAUACCAGCAUCUCGGCGGCUCGGUAUCUAACGAGCUUGCCGGUGCUAUCCUCUUCUCUAAGAUCCCGGCUGGCUACGAAGCCGCCAAGCACGCGAUCAACCAAUCAGCCCCUACCCUCAACCUCCUUACGCCGACUGACGUCGUCACUCGCAUCCGGUCAGAUUGGGAGUUAUGCUCCGCGUCGCAGAAGAAGAAGAAGGCGCCUCAGGUGAAGGAGGAGCAGGCCAACAAGGCCAGCUCCGGUACGAAGCAGUACAACGGUCAGUCGUCAUCUGAUGGCAAGAAGAAGCGACCAUCCAAGAAGGAGCGCAAGGAGCAUCAGGCGCAGCAGCAACAGCAGCAGCAACAGAAGCCGGCGGCCGCUAACGCGGCUUCAUCGUCGACUCCUGCCAGCGCAGCGCCACCUCCGGCGCCGCAGAGUGCCGCACCCGCCGCUGCCAACUACUCGGCGACAUUCACAACGCCGGCUCCAAUUUACCAUGUCGCGCAUGUCGCUUCAGGGCCGUCUGGCCCCUCAUACUCUCCACCGGUGUAUUCCGCGCCGACCCCCAAUCCGCGCAAGCGGUCCCACCAACCCGCGACAGCCUAUCAAGGCCGAAGCAGCGCUCCGGCGCCCCCUCACGGAACCGCAGGCGCCCUUAAGCGUCAGCGGGACCAGGGCCUAGCGCCCACUUUUGAGGGAACACGCGCCGAGUUGCCCACGUUCGCAGGGGAGACGCCGCUCAUCGAGCGGCUCUCCAUGGGCCCCUCAGCGUCCCCGCCUCUGUUGGCCCGCAUUGAGCCGGUAGAGGAGCCUUCUCGUAAGCCGUCGGUUACCCCUCCGCACGCUUCUGACUUUGACCAUUCGUUGUCUGGGUCAGGUCCCCUCAAGCGCACCAGGUUCUCUGACUACAAGAAGCGUCAGAAGCUUGGUGACCGCCUCGCUGGCGGUGGUUCUUAUGUUGACGACUCUGCAACCGGCCACAAGGGCUGGCUAAACACGGAGGCGUACGCGGAGUACCAGCAACAGAAGGAGGACCUUCGCCGGUCUAUGGCGCCCACCCCGGUCCAAGUUGCCGAGUAUGGCUAUGAGGACGACAUAGAGGAGUUCGAGGGUAUGUCGCUCAAGGAGCCGUCCGAACAGGGCGGAGAACGGGCGGUGUCACUCGAUUGCGAGUUGGUCUGGUGCGCAACCAGUUUUCUCGAUGCCUCUGACAACGUUUCUGGUGCUAAAUCCUUUACAGGUGAACCAUACGUAGUUGGUAGUUAUUCGUCAUACAUAUCUGAAAACGUAAUGAAUGGACAAUGUGUACAUUCUAGUACUCAGUGGUGUGACAUAUGCAUUGAUAAGGCAUUGGUUGUACGCGACACCGACCGUGAGAAGUCUCUUCAUGAUAAGUUGCAUGCACGCUAUCCCAUUGGAUGGGUGCUUGACUCAGGUGCAUCCACGCACUUCAUGUUCGAACUCUCGGAUUUCUCCGAGUAUGAGGAACUACCAGAGGAAGAGAAAUUCACCGUCUCAACAUCGUCCGGAUCUAUCCGGUGUGAGGGUUCAGGGACAGUUGUCCUUCACCACGAGGAUACGUGA